AUGCCGACAUCCAAAGACUCGGAGGUGAAUCCCUCUUACAAUCUGGAACGUAUUGCAAAUUUGGCUCAAGGAAACGAGUCCCUCUGCGGGACGACAUUGUUUCCAUCCUAUUCGCGCACGGAGCAAACUAGCACCAACAGCGCGACACUCGGUCGAACCGAUACCGCCGUCCUCACCGAACAGCUCGCGACGGCAUUGCCUGAAUUGCGGCCACUCGACCUUCCAGCUAGGGAAGCCACUCGGGCAGAACAGAAACUGACCUUCCUUCGCGGGUGUCGCUUGUACCCCAAGGCUAUAGCCUGGUCGGUUAUCUUGUCUUCCACCAUAAUAAUGGAAGGAUUUGAUACACUUCUUAUUUUCAACCUCUUCGCUUUCCCUGCAUUCCAGCAAAGAUAUGGAACACCAACACCUGACUCCGGGUAUCAAAUCUCUUCAACGUGGCAAUUUGCCUUAUCAACUGCAGCAGAGGCCGGCGAGAUAGUCGGGCUACUUGCAAAUGGCUAUUUCGCCGAUCGGAUCGGUUAUCGCUGGACCAUAGUCUCCGCGUUGACUUUCCUGUUGCUGAGUAUUUUGUUGGCAUUUUUUGCGGUGAAUAUACGGAUGUUGCUGGCAGCACAAAUCAUAUGUGGGAUCCCAUGGGGCGUUUUUCAAACAUUAUCGACCACAUACGCAGCGGAAGUGAUGCCUAUAGCAUUACGUGCCUACCUGCUUAGCAAUGUCAAUCUUUGCUGGAUUCUUGGCCAGUUUUUGGCUACAGGAAUACUCAGGAAGUUCGUCGACAACACGUCCCAGUGGUCAUAUCGGAUCCCCUUUGCACUUCAGUGGGUGAUUUGUCUCCCCAUUCUGGUCGCGGUCAUGUUCGCCCCGGAAUCCCCAUGGUGGCUUAUCCGCCACAGGCGACAACGUGAUGCCGAAAGGUCUUUGACGAGGUUGACCAGGAAGGGCAAGGUCAACAUCGACCAGACAAUGGCUAUGAUAGAGCGUACUAACGAGAUUGAAAAGUACUUAAAAGAAGGCGACGGAGGCAUAUCAUACUUAAACGCCUUCAAGGGGGUCGAUCGCCGACGAACCGAGAUUGCCAGUAUGGUUUGGAUCACGCAGCAGGUAUGCGGAACCAGCUUGAUGGGCUGGGCUCCAACAUUUUACCAUCAGGCUGGGUUCAGUGUCGACAACGCCUUCAGCCUUUCCGUCGGCACCUACGGAUUAGCCAUAGUUGGCGCUAUUAUCUCCUGGUCACUCCUGUCACGUUUCGGACGUCGGAGGCUGUAUCUCUGCGGCCUUUCAGCCCUACUGGUUAUUCUAUUGGUCGGCGGCAUUGUCGGCACUCUUCCAACAUCCCACGGCCAGCUUUGGACUCUCGGGUCUUUGCUUUUGAUUUUAACAUUUGUAUACAAUAUGACCAUCGGACCCGUAUGCUAUGUUCUGGUCGCGGAAAUCCCAUCGACUCGACUUCGUGUCAAAACAGUGGUUCUGGCUCGAACAGCCUAUAAUUUAGCCGGAAUUCUCAUCAACUGGAUGACUCCGCAUAUGCUAAGCACCACGGCGUGGAAUUGGAAGGGAAAGUCGUGUUUCUUCUUCGCUGGAACGACAGUUCUAUGCCUUGUCUGGUGCUACUGGAGAUUGCCAGAGACCUUCGGCUUGAGCUAUCUCGAGAUUGACAUCUUGUUCGAACGGAAGGCGAAAGCGAGCAAGUUCCACGAGCUUCGCGUCAACCUCGAAAGUUCGGGAUAUUUUUGCAUACAAAAUUCGGCGGGAGAGGCAAGCACCUGGAGGGGGUAUUAG